UCAAUAAGUGGAACAAUGGGCAAUCUGACAAUGUUGGCACUGAAGACUGUGUGUUUACUAAGAGUAAGUGGGAAAAUGAAAAUUGUACAAAAACUAUGAACUUUUUCUGCUACACUUGGGCACCUCAGAUGAUCGUGGUGCAGGAGAUGAAGAACUGGCACGAGGCUCUGGUGCACUGCAGAACGCACUAUAUUGACCUGGUAAGUCUCACCACGGAGAUUGAUCACUUUCUGGCCAAGAACAGGAGUAUGGAAAUUCUCACUCCCACUUUCUGGACCGGUCUACGCUUCAUGGAUGGCUCAUGGUUCUGGGUGAACCAGGAUUAUAUGCCAAGCCUGACUUCAAUGCCUUCAUGCCCUGCCUGGCCUUACCGGUGUGGAGCGAGAAACAUUAGAGAUGGUGUCUGGGAGAACAGAGACUGCGAGGAGAAAAUGAACUUCAUUUGCUACCACUACAUUUGAAUUCAUUUAUAAGAUGAAGAGGUUCACUGCAAUGAAGACCGGCACGAGACACGAGACGAAUAUCAAUGAAACAGCAUAUAAUAUUCUAUUCUGAAUUAUUUCUCUAGAAUUGUUACUCCAGUACUCAAUAUUUACU